AUGCCUUCGACCAACUUUGCCUUCAAGGAAAAGUAUCGGUAUCUGAAUGGCUUCCACUCUUAUCACGAGAGUGAAGCAAUAGAAGGCGCGCUGCCCAUUGGCACGAAUUCUCCUCAAAAGCCACCAUAUGGAUUGUACGCUGAGAAGCUUUCUGGAACUGCCUUCACGGCGCCACGACAUGAGAAUCAGCAGACAUGGCUCUACCGUGUACUUCCCUCAUGCGGACACAGCAACUUUGAAUCCCGCGAAUCGAAGACCUUCAACACAAACCCCGAGAACAAACCUUGGGAGAAGAUACACUUCAUACCAAACCAGCUGCGAUGGGACCCCUUUGAUCUUGACGAGAGCGUGGAUUGGGUACACUCUCUCCACUUGGUAGCUGGAGCCGGAGAUCCUACUAUGAAGACUGGUGUCGGCUAUUUCAUAUAUGCGGCAGGGAAGGACAUGGAAGCCAAUGAGGCUUUCUACUCGGCUGAUGGCGACUUCCUGAUUGUAGCUCAACAUGGUGUCUUGGAUAUCCAAACCGAGCUGGGACGCCUCAUCGUCCGGCCGAACGAAAUCUGCGUCAUCCCGCGGGGCAUUCGCUACCGCGUCACACUUCCAGAGGGACCCGUGCGAGGCUACAUCCUAGAGCUCUAUCAAGGCCACUUUCAACUCCCUGAGCUUGGUCCAAUAGGCUCCAAUGGCCUCGCCAAUGCACGCGACUUUCAGGUUCCCGUCGCCGAUUUCGACGAAGACACCGAGACGGAAUGGCAGGUGCUGGCCAAGUUCGCUGGUCACCUAUACGCAGCAAAGCAAGGUCAUACACCAUUUGACGUAGUCGCAUGGCAUGGGCUUUACUACCCGUACAAAUACGACCUCGGUCGCUUCAACACAAUGGGCAGCGUCUCGUUCGACCACCCCGAUCCAUCGAUAUACACCGUCCUCACAGCACCGAGCGACCGACCAGGCACCGCAGUAGCUGACUUUGUCAUUUUCCCACCAAGAUGGCUGGUCGCCGAGGAUACGUUCCGACCACCAUGGUAUCACCGCAAUACCAUGUCGGAGUUUAUGGGGCUCAUCGGAGGCCAGUAUGAUGCAAAGACCGGUGGCGGCUUUCGACCAGCCGGUGCUUCACUUCACAAUGUCAUGUCUGGCCAUGGCCCCGAUGCUGCAACACACGAGAAGGCGUCGAAUGUGGAUCUGAGACCCAAUAAAGUGGGUGAGGGCAGCAUGGCCUUCAUGUUCGAGAGCUGUCUGAUGAUUGGCGUCACAGAUUGGGGUCUGACCAGGUGUCAGAAGAUCCAGGAAGGCUAUAAUGCAGAAAGUUGGGAGCCAUUAAAGGCACACUUUACGACAUCAGGACGCAAGAAGAUUGAGAAUGGGGCGUCGCCGUUGGCGUCUGGCAAGGAAGGGGACAAGGGGCAGGUACCGCACUAUACGUAA